CAAUGCGAAUCAUCGCGCUACAGUAGUCAACAGUCGUUCUCCCAUCGAGGAUUUAUCCAAGACAUGCUGGCCUUUGGAUCUUGGUAGCACUCUCGGCGUAUCUCUCACUGCUACCUCAUGCAACUCUCGGUGCCAUUGUUCGUGUUCCUGACUUCACCACGACCGGUUCCGUGAGAGCACACGACAACAGACACUCGAAAAUUUGUCCUAGCUACGGUGCCAACAAAACUACUCUCACGAGUGCCUUGACACGAAACCCGAAUUUGACCCAGUCAUGACCACUUCAUUUGCUGCUGUCAAUGUGCAGCCAUCGCUUGAGGAUGUGCAGGACAUAAUCAAUCGCAGCAAAACCUGGAAAGAUGCGCCUAACCUCAUUCCAAUCUGUACCUCAAUCACCUCCGAAUUCCUUACGCCUUCGGCCAUAUACCUGAAGGUCGCUGCUUCAUCUCCUUCGAAACAAUCCUUCCUCUUCGAAUCUGCGGCGACGACCGAGACUAUCGGACGAUAUAGCUUCGUCGGCGUUGAUCCCCGUAAGACACUCGCGUCCGGUCCGAAGCAUGGCCUUGAGGCCGAUCCAUUGCCACGUCUGGCUGAAGAGUUGGCUCGGCAUCGUGUCGCCGAUGUUCCCUCACUGAGACUACCGCCUAUGACCGCCGGAGCCAUUGGAUACGUUGGCUAUGAUUGUGUCAAGUACUUUGAGCCGAAGACGAAGAGAGAGAUGAAAGAUGUGCUGGAAUUGCCUGAGAGUUACUUUAUGCUUUUCGAUACAAUUGUCGCCAUAGACCAUUUCUUCCAGAAGAUUAUCAUCAUCUCAUAUCUACACGUCCCGGCAGCGGACUCACCGGCUUCGGCGGUCAAGGAUAACUAUGAGAGCACGCGCCAGAUCAUCGCGCGCCUGACGCACACUCUUAAGUACGGCGAAAUGAAAUUGCCUCUUCAGCCCCCGGUUCAGUUGGAUCAGGAGUACAAGAGCAACAUUGGUCGACCUGGCUACGAGGCACACGUCACGGAGCUCAAAAAGCAUAUCGUCGAGGGUGACAUUAUCCAGGCCGUGCCAUCGCAGCGCAUCGCUCGGCCUACCAGCUUACAUCCUUUCAACAUAUAUCGACACCUUCGCACAGUCAAUCCUUCGCCUUACCUGUUCUAUGUUGAUUGCGCCGACUUUCAGAUCAUUGGCGCCAGUCCCGAACUUCUCGUUAAAGAAUACCGAGGCCGGAUUAUCACUCACCCCAUCGCCGGGACUGUCAAACGUGGUGCCACGCCAGAGGAGGACGCUCAGUUGGCUGCAACUCUCAGGGCGUCUCUCAAAGAUCGUGCAGAGCACGUCAUGUUGGUGGACCUUGCACGGAAUGACAUCAACAGAGUUUGCGAUCCCUUGACCACUCGCGUGGACCAACUCAUGCUGGUUCAGCGCUUCUCCCAUGUGCAGCACCUCGUGUCUGAGGUUUCGGGGGUCUUGAGACCUGAGCGUACUCGUUUCGACGCCUUCCGCUCCAUCUUUCCUGCAGGAACUGUCUCCGGCGCACCCAAAGUCCGCGCAAUGGAGCUCAUCGCCGAGCUAGAAGGCGAAAAGCGUGGUGUCUACGCCGGCGCUGUGGGAUAUUUCGGUCACGAUCGGAUCGACACCUCGUCAGGCGCAUUGGAGGAGGGCGCGAUGGAUACAUGCAUCGCACUUCGCACGAUGGUGUACCGAGACGGCGUCGCUUACCUUCAAGCGGGUGGCGGAAUCGUCUUCGAUUCGGAUGAGGGCGACGAGUAUGAGGAGACGAUCAACAAGCUGGCGGCAAACAUGCGUUGUAUUGAGCAAGCCGAGCGGAUACAUUGGGAGGAGCAGCAACAGGGUGCAGGCCAGGUGGGAAGUGUGGCGGCGGGGACAUCGCUUGGAACAGGCACGGAAGGACGAGGGGGUGCUACUGGCAGUGAUGGCCACGGUAAACCUGUCAGGGUGGACAUGGCCGGUUAGGUAGCGCAGAGCCUUCCACCGUGGGCAUAUACAGCUUAAUCUACUUGGCGCACAUAUACAUGUCACGAACGAGAACCAUCUCCAUGUGGACUGGAGUCACCCCACAUGACAUGAAAAAGCCAAUGAGUAGUCCGCAUAUUCGAAAUUGGGCCGCCCACGAAAUGAACGAAC